AUGAUAAAUUCAACCAUACAAAUGAACUUCUGUAAGAAUAUCUAGCUUGGAAUUCCUUACAAAACAAUCAUAAUCACACCAUUAACUAAUGGGCCACACCAUAAGAACUUUGCUUUGACAUUUCUGCUUUCAUGAACUUAAACUUUGUGUUUAACGAAUUCCUGAAGUUUAAAACAGUAACGGUUUUUUUCUUCUAUAUAUAAGAGAUUAAAACAUUAGCAUAAAGGCCAUAUACACUAGAGACAUGGCAAACAUUCAAAAGGUUAAUACUCUUGUCUUUUAUAUACUGCUUAUAUCUUUGCUUCCAUUGAAAAUCACAGCAUCAAUAAAAACAGAAGCAGAAGCUCUUGUCAAAUGGAAAAAUAGUUUAUCCCAUCCUUUGCCUUCUCCUCUCAAUUCAUGGUCUAUCACCAAUCUUAUCAACCUUUGCAAUUGGGAUGCUAUUGUUUGUGACAACACCAAUACAACUGUUUCAAGGAUAAAUUUAUCCGGUGCCAACCUCAGUGGAACACUCACUGACUUGGAUUUUGCAUCCCUCCCAAACCUCACCCUCCUCAACCUCAAUGGCAACAGGUUUGGUGGAUCAAUACCAUCAUCAAUUGGCACACUCUCAAAGCUCAAUUUCUUAGACUUGGGAAACAAUUUAUUUGAAGACGCACUACCAUCCGAGCUAGGCCAUCUAAAGGAACUUCAAUAUGUUAGUUUUUACUUCAAUAAUCUCAAUGGUACCAUUCCCUAUCAGCUCACUAAUCUCUCCAAGGUAAGUUACCUUGAUCUUGGAUCAAACUUUUUUGUAUCUUCCGUUGAUUGGUCUCAAUAUUCAAACAUGCUUUCAUUAAAUUACCUUGGUUUGGAGGAAAAUGAAUUCACUGGUGACAUUCCAAGUUUCAUACAUGAGUGCAAGAAUUUAACAUAUCUUGACCUCUCUGAGAACAGUUGGAAUGGUACCAUACCAGAAUUCCUUUAUGGUAAUUUAGGAAUGCUUGAAUAUCUCAACCUCACCAACUGUGGACUAGAAGGAACACUAUCAUCCAACUUGUCCCUUCUCUCGAAUCUCAAAGAUCUUCGCAUUGGUAAUAACAUGUUUAAUAGUCAUAUUCCAACAGAGAUAGGAUUGAUAUCUAAGCUUCAAUUUCUUGAGCUGAACAACAUUUCAGCUCAUGGGGAAAUUCCUUCUUCCAUAGGUCAACUAAAGGAGUUAGUGCAUCUUGAUCUCAGUGCUAACUUUUUGAACUCUAAAGUUCCUUCUGAGCUUGGCCUAUGCACAAAUCUAACUUUCUUGAGCUUAGCAGUAAAUAACCUGACAGGUUCUUUGCCUUUGUCAUUAGCAAAUUUGACUAAACUAUCAGAACUAGGAUUAUCGGAUAAUUCUUUUUCUGGUCAAAUUUCAGCUUCAUUGGUAUCUAAUUGGACCAAGUUAACUUCCUUGCAACUCCAAAACAAUAGUUUAACUGGAAAGCUACCUCCACAGAUUGGCUUACUGAAAAAAAUUAUAAUCUUACUUCUGUACAAUAAUAUGUUGUCUGGUCCAAUCCCUGAUGAGAUAGGAAACUUGAAGGUAAUGACAGGGUUAGACCUUUCAGGAAACCACUUCUCUGGUCCAAUUCCAUCAACCAUAUGGAAUCUCACAAACAUAACCGUCAUAAAUCUUUUCUUCAACAACCUCUCUGGUAACAUUCCAGUGGAUAUUGGAAACUUAACCUCACUGCAAACUUUUGAUGUCAACAAUAAUAACUUGGAUGGAGAAUUGCCACGCACAAUUUCUCAUCUAACUUCCUUAACUUAUUUUUCCGUGUUCACCAAUAACUUCUCAGGUAACAUUUCCAGAGACUUUGGAAAGAAUAGUCCUUCUUUGACUCAUGUCUACUUUUCAAACAAUAGUUUCUCAGGAGAACUUCCUUCUGACAUGUGCAAUGGCCUAAAACUACUUGUUUUGGCAGUAAAUAACAACAGCUUUUCAGGGUCAUUGCCGAAAUCUUUGAGAAAUUGUUCAUCUUUUAUAAGAAUUAGGCUUGAUGAUAACCAGUUCAAUGGAAAUAUCACAGAAGCAUUUGGGAUUCAUCCAAAUCUUAGUUUCAUCUCACUUAGCAGAAAUCGCCUCAUUGGUUAUCUCUCUCCAGAUUGGGGUAAAUGUAUCAGCUUAACUGAGAUGGAAAUGAGUGGAAACAAACUUUCUGGAAAAAUUCCAAUCGACCUAAAUAAGUUGAGUAAAUUACAAUUUCUUAGCCUGCACUCCAACGAAUUCACCGGAAAUAUCCCACAUGAAAUUGGAAAUAUAAGUCUGCUCUUCAUGUUGAACUUGAGCAGGAACCAUUUAUCGGGAGAAAUCCCAAAGAGUAUUGGAAGAUUAGCUCAACUUAAUAUUGUUGAUUUAUCAGAUAAUAACUUCAGUGGAAGCAUUCCUAAUGAGCUCGGUAAUUGUAAUCGGUUACUAAGCAUGAACUUAAGUCAUAACGAUCUAUCUGGCAUGAUACCGUAUGAACUAGGCAAUUUGUACUCACUCCAAUCCUUGUUAGAUCUGAGCAGCAACAACCUUUCAGGAGAAAUUCCUCAAAAUCUUCAAAAGUUAGCAUCAUUGGAGAUCUUCAAUGUCUCACACAACAAUCUAUCUGGAACAAUCCCACAAUCCUUUUCAAGUAUGCCCAGCCUUCAAUCAGUGGAUUUUUCUUACAAUAACUUGUCAGGUUCGAUCCCAACAGGUGGUGUUUUUCAAACAGAAACUGCUGAAGCUUUUGUUGGAAAUGCAGGUUUGUGUGGUGAGGUAAAAGGAUUAAAAUGUGCUACAAUAUUGUCUCAAGAACAUUCUGGAGGGGCCAACAAAAAGGUACUUCUUGGUGUUACGAUAUCAUUUGGUGGAGUACUAUUUGUAGGGAUGAUUGGUGUUGGAAUUCUACUAUUUCAAAGGAAAGCUAAAAAACUUAGUGAAGAAUCCCAAAGCAUUGAAGAUAAUGAUCAAUCUAUUUGCAUGGUAUGGGGAAGAGAUGGGAAAUUCACAUUUUCUGAUCUUGUUAAAGCAACCAAUGAUUUCAACGAAAAAUAUUGCAUUGGGAAAGGAGGAUUUGGAAGUGUUUAUAGAGCGGAAUUCUCUACAGGUCAAGUUGUUGCUGUAAAAAGACUCAAUAUAUCAGACUCUGAUGACAUUCCAGAAGUGAACCGCAUGAGCUUCAUGAAUGAGAUAAGAACGCUAACAGAAGUGAGGCACCGGAAUAUAAUAAAGCUUUAUGGUUUCUGUUCUAUGAGGAGACAAAUGUUCCUGGUUUAUGAACAUGUAGAGAAAGGAAGCUUGGGAAAAGUGUUGUAUGGAGGAGAAGGAAAAUUGGAGCUAAGUUGGAGUGCAAGGGUGGAAAUUGUGCAAGGAAUAGCUCAUGCAAUCGCUUACCUGCAUAGUGAUUGCUCUCCAGCAAUUGUGCACAGAGAUAUAACAUUGAAUAACAUACUACUUGACUCAGAUUAUGUACCUCAUCUUGCAGAUUUUGGCACUGCAAAGCUGCUAAACUCUAACAAUUCGACUUGGACCUCAGUUGCCGGAUCCUAUGGCUACAUGGCUCCAGAGCUAGCACAAACUAUGAGGGUGACAGAAAAGUGUGAUGUGUAUAGUUUUGGAGUGGUGGUGUUGGAGAUAAUGAUGGGAAAACACCCUGGAGAAUUCUUGGGCACCCUAAAUUCAAAUAAGUCUUUGACAUCAAUGGAAGUGCUUGUGAAGGAUGUUGUGGACCAAAGGCUUCCACCUCCAACAGGGAAAUUAGCUGAAACAAUAGUGUUUGCCAUGAACGUAGCUUUAUCAUGCACACGUGCUGCUCCUGAGUCUAGACCCAUGAUGCGUUCUGUUGCACAAGAAUUAUCUGCUUCUAAACAGGCUUCCCUUUCUCAGCCAUUCAGUAUGAUAACUGUAAGCAAGCUUACAGGAUUCCAUAAAUAGAUCCAUCAACGACUAUGUGAAGAAUAUAAUUAUCUAUGUUGAUUGAAAAUAUAAAUAAUAAAACUCAAAUCUCAUGUAUACUAGAUAUUGCCUUACACAUUAGCGUGGAUAGAUGAGUAAUGUCGAGUUUUGAGCAAAAUAUAUAGUUUUCAUUUUUAUAUACAAUAAAACAAAAUGGCUGUAUUGCUAAAAAAAAAAGGCUGUAUAAUUUCUAUGAAAUUCAUGCAUAUAAAUUCAAUGUUACCAUACCCACUUAAUCACCAUUAAGCUAUCUAUUGUUUAA